AUGGAAGCCAUUGCCAAGUUUGACUUCAAUGCUUCUGGAGAGGAUGAGUUGAGCUUCCAGGCUGGGGAUAUGCUGAAGGUUUUGAGCUCCCAGGAGGAGUGGUACAAGGCUGAGCUCAGAAGUCAAGAGGGUUAUGUCCCCAAGAACUUCAUUGACUUCCACGUUCCCCCCUGGUUUGAUGAGGGGAUAUCCCGCCACGAAGCAGAGAACAUCCUCAUGAGCAAAGGAGUUGGCUCCUUCAUUGUUAGAGCCAGUCAGAACUCUCACGGUGACUUCUCCAUCUCUGUCAGGCAUGAAGAUGAUGUGCAACACUUCAAAGUGAUGAGAGAUUCCAAGGGUAACUAUUACUUGUGGACAGAAAAAUUCCACUCACUAAACAAGCUGGUGGACUACUACAAGACAACUUCCAUCUCCAGGCAGAAGCAGAUCUUCCUGAGGGACAACAGCCGAGAAGAGAAGGACAGGCGUGGUGGGAGCCUGGAACGGAUGGGCCGGGAAGCAUUCCACUUGGGUGGAGCAGCUGGAGAAGAUCAUUGUCCUACACCCAAGAGAUACAUGGAGCAUCCUAUCCCCACACUGCAGCAGCAGCAGGAUAGAUAUGGUGGAAGCCUGGACAGGAAAGAUGGGCUGCAUGGACUAAGAGAUCAUGUCCAAGGAAAUGCAGCAGCAAUGCAGCGGAGAUACACAGACCCACCACACCAGCAGACACCAAGGACGCUCUGGGUCCGAGCCUUGUACGACUUCGAGGCGGUGGAGCACGACGAGCUGGGCUUCCGCAGCGGGGACAUCCUAGAGGUCCUGGACAGCUCCAACCCCUCCUGGUGGAAAGGAAGGCUGCGUGGGGAGCUGGGGCUCUUCCCUGCCAACUACGUCACGCCCGUGCCCCUCUGA